AUGAACAAAUUUGAAGAUGAACUAAAAUAUGCAUAAAAGGCAACUAGCAACGAAUUUCUAUCUUGGUUAUAGAAUGUAAGUUACGAACUUAUAAAAUAAAAAGAAUAUUCAUAUGGUUAAGAAUUUUUUAGAUCAUAACAAAAUUUAUAUGAACUUAUAUUCAAAUAAAAUGGUAUUUUGAAUAAUUGCUUUCGUACUACUCAAUAAAGAUUUUCAUCAAUUGAAGAUACACUUUUAAUUAUAAAAUUAUUGCAUAUACUUUCCCCAGAAGAAAUGUCAUUUUAUUAAGCUUUACCUUCUGAAUAUCCUUAUCACUCUGUUUAAUUAGAUGUAUUACCUGCACACAUAUAAUUAUAUUUUAAAGACCCAUCAAUUGCUCAAAUGAAUUAAUAAUUUUAAGCAUUUUAAGAAAUAUUUUAAGAGAAUAUUUUAAUUGAAAAAAAUUAACUAAAAUUUUGUGUAAGUUCAAAAAUGAUGUUUUGGAUUUAUUUAUUAAAUGGUGCAAUUAAUUUUAAGGAUAGUGCCUUAUAUGCAACAGAUAAUAGUCAACAAUUAUUAGAUUGUGCUUUCAAUAAAUGCAAAAGGAAAAUGAAUACAAAAGAUCCUUUAUUAAAAUAACUUACUUUUAAUCCAUAUCUAGUCUUAGUUAGAAGAAUUUUAGAAUACAUGUAUACAAAAAUAAAAGAAAAUAAUUAAAUGUUAAGUAAUACAAACAAACAAUUAACAAUCUUCACUUUUCAAUAAAUGAUUAUACUAUUAUAAGAAUAUUCAUUAUAUGAACAUUUAUAUGUUACUAAAUUAUUUGAAUUAAAUUUAACAAUAGAAUAAUAGAAAUUAUUGUAUAAAAUUAAACCAAGUAGUAUAAUCUUGGAUACUUAAAUGAUGUUAAUUUAUUUAACAAUAUUUUUUAAUUCUUUAUACGGAACUGACUUAGAAACAAUGUAUUAAUAGUUUAAGCCAUUUUUGAAAAAUUCUGAUAUUUUCAAUAAAAAUAAUUAAUUCAUCUAUUAAAACAGAAGUUUUUUUUUUGAAUGUGGAAGAUAAAAGUAAACAAUAACAUAUUAACAAGGUUUAUAUAAGUUUUUUUAAUAAUCUUUUGAGGUUUAUCCUAAUGAAAGGUAAUGCAAUCAAAUUACAAUAUAUUCACAUUUAGCAGCAUAUGUUUUAUUUUUAAGAUGGCAAUUUGUUAAAUAUGAAUCAAACAUUUAUAAUUAAGUUUUAAUUUUUGAUUAAGCUUGUUCAUCUUGUGUUGUAUCAUCUAAUUAAAUUAUGAGUCAAAUUUAAAAAAAGAAGGAUAUUACUUAUAAAACUAACAAUCUUUUGACUAAAUUUAUAAUAAAUGAAUUACAUCCUAUUUAUUAAAUCUUUUAAAAUAAAUUUGGAGAAUGUCCUUAAGCAAUUUUAUUUAAAAACUUCAAACCACAUAUGAUUGAAUAAAGAUUUAGUUAGUUUGAAUAUCAAAUCGACAAUCAGAUUAGAGAAUUAGAUCCUUAAAGAAAUUAUAUGAAAAAUUCAAUAAGACUCUAUUAUCCUUUUUACACAAAAUUGCUAAUUACUAUUUUUUAAUGUUUAAAUAAUUUAAAUUAUGUUAAUGAUACAGAAUAUUAAGGAUUAAUUCAUUUUUUAACGUUUUUAUAUUCUAAUGAUUAAAAUUCAUUCUUUUGUGAUUCAUUAAAAUUUCUUAACUAAAAACCUUAUCAAAUACCAUCCUAUUCAGAAGUUAAGAAUUUUUGUGAUAUUUAUGUUAAAAACAAUAAUGAAGAAGAAUUCUUAAUAAAAUAAAAUGAAAAUAUUCAAAGCUAUGUUCUUUAGAUAAUUUAAUUAUUAGUGUCUUAUUAAUAAAGAAAAAAUAUUAAAAAUGAUAGAAUAGUAGAAUAUUUGGGUUAAGAGUUUCAUGUUUAAACAGCAAAAAUUAAUGUAAUUCCAAUGAAAAAUAUGAGUCCAUAAAAAAGCCUUGGCAGAUUAUCAAGAUCAAAAAUGUAAGCAUAUAACUUAAUUUAUUAGUGUGAUUAAUGAAUGGAAGGCUCCCUUAAGAGAUUUCGAAAUUUAUGUUUUUUUUAUUAUUAUGUGGUAUUUGAGUUUAGGAUUAGAUAAAUUAAAGGGAUUACCCUAAAAUGAAUUUCCAUAAACAUAAUGGCCAAGGAAGUUUGCUUCCCCAAUAAAUUUAUUUAUAGUUUCCAUAAUUCUUUAUGGUUUCUUAACAAUUAUUUUCAUGUUUAUUUGA